AUGACAAAGUAUUCGAUUGAGGCUUCUGUCCAAGUGAGUGCGUGUGAAGAACUCUGGGAUUUGGCAAAAAGUUCAGACAAUAGAGUUUUCAUUGUCAACACUGGAGGUGUCACUGCAAUCAUUGACGCCACGAAGGAACACAAAACUGAGUAUGUCCUACACAGAGCAUGUAGAGCACUGCAUCAACUGGCCUUCGAUGAGGAGACCUGUAGCUCAAUUUCUGAUGGUGGGGGCAUUGUGACGAUCAUCAGGGCUAUGAAGAUGUAUCCGGUUGCGUCAGAACUACAAAACGAAGCCUGUGCUGCGCUCGCAGUGCUGUCAAAACAUACUGACAAUCAAGUUGCCAUUGCUGAUGCAGGAGGCAUCACUGCAGUUUUAGCAACCAUGAAAAUGUGCAAAAAGGCGGAUGAUAUGGUUCAAAUGAAUGCCUGUAAGGCACUGCAGCAUUUGGCUCAAAACGACAAGAACCGUCUCUCAAUUGCUAAAGCUGGGGGCAUAAUGACAAUCAUCACUGCCAUGCAGGCGCACCCAGCUGUGCCAGAUGUCCAAGUUCAAGCCUGCAUUACGCUGCACGAGAUUGCCAAAGAUGCUGACAACAAAGCUGCUAUUGCUAGUUCUGGAGGCAUUGUAGCAAUCAUCAGUGCAAUGCAAAACCACCCAGGACUGGCCGCAGUGCAAGCAAACGCCUGUGCAACACUUUGGAGUCUGGGAUACAACAAAGGGAACUAUGAUUUGAUUGAAAAUGUGGGGGGCAUUGUGGCGAUCAUUUCAGCCAUGAAAGAGUACAAAGCUGAGCCAGUUGUCCAAGAAUAUGCUUGUGAAGCACUCUCCAAUCUUGCUGCCAAGGAAGAGAACCAAGCAGCCAUUGCUGACGCCGGUGGAAUCACCGAAAUCAUCACCACCAUGAAGGAACAUGAGACUGUAGCUCAAAUCCAAUUUACAGCUUGUGGGGCUCUUUGGAAUCUUGCCAGUAACACAGACAAUCAAGUCUCAAUUGCCCGUGCGGGGGCAUAA